AUGGCACUCGACGAUGUUCAACCCUUCGAUAACGCAGAGAAUGGUGCCUCCUUCGGUCCAAGAGAGCAGAAGGCUUCACGCACACUACGAAAGGAUGAUGACAAUGAUGCGCUGUCUGGCAUUCAGAGGAACUAUACGGAAAAGAAAUUGUUGCGCAGGCUGGAUAUGCGACUAAUGCCUGCCAUGGUUGUAAUUUUCCUCAUGAAUACUAUUGAUCGUACCGGAAUCACUGCAGCUCGAUUGAAAGGUCUAGAGCAAGACCUUGGUCUUACGGAUAUACAAUACAAUAUAGUCCUCGCAGUAUUGUAUGCGUCAUAUUGUCCCGCACAAGUCCCAUCGAAUAUGUUCACACGAUCUUUCAGGCCAUCGAUCUAUAUUGGAAUGUGCGUAAUCGCCUGGGGCCUGACCAGUACCCUAACGGGCGUGACCCAUAACUUUUCUGGCAUCCUUGCAUGUCGCGUGUUCAUCGGAUUACCAGAGGCUGCCUUCUAUCCAGGGGCUACAUACCUGCUAUCGAGAUGGUACACUAGAAAAGAGUUGUGUCUGCGUGCAGCAAUCCUCGCGUGCGGUAUCCUACUAUCAAGCGCUUUUGGGAGUCUUAUGGCGGCAGGUGUUCUGUCCGGAAUGGAGGGCUGCCUAGGGAUCAGAGCUUGGAGAUGGUUCGUUCUAUCUCACCCCAACUCGCGCUGGGGUCGUUCGAUUCACCUUUCAUACGAUCAUCAGGCUCCGAACAAUACUCGCUGGCUUUCACCCGCUGAGCGUCGCCUCGCACAAGUACGGCUUUCUGAAGAUGCGGGUGAAGCAGACGAGGACUCUGCCGACGACUCAGCCUGGAGUGGCCUGGUGUCAGCGAUUAGUGAUCCCAAAGUCCCCAUCAUGGCGGUGAUGGCAUGUUCGCAGCUCCUUGGUCUCAGUUUCAUCAAUUUCUUCCCGACGUUGACAUCGACACUCGGAUUCAACCCCAUAAUAAGCUUAUUGCUUGCAGCUCCUCCGUGGAUCUUUGCCACCAUCGUCUGCUGCGUGAACGCGUGGCAUGCUGACAGAACCGGUGAACGUUUCUUCCACAUCGCGGGUUGGUGGUGGGGCGUCAUCAUAGCCUAUAUCAUUGCUCUCAAUACCAUGUCCAUUGGGGGUCGUUAUGUUGCACUUUUCAUUAUGGCGGCAGGAAAUUCUGGUUAUGCACUAACACUGGUUUGGGUAUCUAACGCGAUCCCUCGUCCACCGGCAAAACGAUCAGCAGCUAUCAGCAUCGUGAGCAGCAUCGGAAACGUGGGUAAUCUGUAUGUACUCUUUUCCGAAAAUUCUGCAUCGUUCUCACAAAAAAAAAUAGGAUCGGGUCGUUUGCAUGGAAGGCAGAAUGGGGCCCUGAGUACCAUCCGUCGAUGUUUAUAG